UCGAGCAAUUACUGUGGUAGUCCUGUCGCAGCGAAACCUGAUUAAAAGCGAACAACUUGCAUAGAGUAUUGAUCAAGAUUUUCGAUGAGAUCUUCAGAGCUUCACAAAAUGAUGAUUACCUCGGUGAAAAUGUUUCUACAAUUGUUUUGGAUUAUAAUGGAGGACAUUGUGAAUUUUAGUACCACGGCAUUGAAGGCUGUUCCAGUUUUUAGGCAGCUGAUUCCUAGUGCAAAGAAGACAGUGAUAUACUAUUCCAGGAGAAAGGGAUUAGAGUGUAUCGCACCACUGUUCAUGACUGUUGAGGAAACUCCAGAACCCAUUGUAGCAAAUGUCAAAGGGAACAUUCCUAAAUGGAUAAGGGGAAGUCUGCUGAGAAAUGGGCCUGGAAAAUACGAGUUUGGAAAUGACAGAUAUGCCCACUUGUUUGAUGGUAUGGCCUUGAUGCAUCGGUUCAACAUUGAUGGUGGUGUUGUAACCUACAUGAGCAAGUUUCUACGUAGUGAUGCAUACCGUAUCAACAGUCAAUACAACCGAAUCAUGGUAUCAGAAUUCGGAACUUUAGCAAUGCCAGACCCUUGCAAAAACUUUUUUGAACGCUUCACUAGCCAAUUUGAAAUAGAAGAUGUGACAGAUAAUGGCUUGGUGAACUUUGCACUGUACAAGGGAGACUACUAUGCAACCACAGAAUCUAAUUUUAUCUAUAAAGUGAAUCCUAAUACUCUUGAAACAGAAAAAAAGAUAAACUUGACCAAAUUCAUUGCAGUGAAUGGAGCCACAGCCCAUCCACAUUAUGAUCCUGAUGGGACAACCUACAAUAUGGGCAACUCCCAUGACAAAAAUGGUACGACGUAUAAUGUCAUUGCAGUUCCUCCACAACUAUCAGAUGAUGAGGAGGCGCUUGAAGGGGCCAGGAUAGUUUGUAGCUUUAAACCAGAGGACAGCACAAAGCCUUCUUAUUACCACAGCUUUGGAAUGACCAAAAACUACAUCAUCUUUGUUGAGCAACCUGUAAAAAUAAACGUAAUGAAAAUUCUCACCUCCAAACUCAGGGGUAAAAGUUUCGAUUGCGCAAUAAACUGGGAGCCGGAACUCAACACCGUUAUCCAUGUAGCUAAUAAACACACAGGAGAGAUAAUUCCCUUCAAAUAUUACACCGAUGGCUUCUGCAUAUUUCAUCAUAUUAAUGCUUUUGAAGAAAAUGGCUUUAUUGUAUUUGAUUAUUGCCACUUUGAAAAUUGGGAUAUUCAGAAUUCUUUCACUCUGCAAAACCUGCAGAAAAGUGGCGAAGAAUUGGAUGAGGUUUACAAUACAACUCCAAAAGGAUUUCCACGCAGAUUUGUCUUGCCUUUGAACAUCAGCUCUGACACACCUAUUGAACAGAACCUCAACACUUUGACGUACAGCAGUGCACUGGCCUUCAGAAGGGCUGAUGGAAAGAUUUGGUGUGAGCCUGAGAAGCUCCAUGAUGACGAUUUGCUGGAUGAAGGUGGGAUGGAGUUUCCACAGAUCAGCUAUGCAAAGUACAGCACAAAAAAAUACAAAUUCUUUUACGGAUGUGGAUCUAACCAGAUAAUAAUGGACUCUCUAAUAAAGAUGGAUGUGGAUACAAAGAAAUAUAAGAUCUGGAGAGAAAAAGACUACUAUCCAUCAGAGCCAAUCUUUGUGCCAUCUCCUAACAGUACAGAUGAGGAUGAUGGAGUCAUUUUGAGUGUAGCUAUUUCACCAAAUCAGAGCAAGAGUAGCAUGUUGCUUGUGCUGGAUGCUAAGACCUUCACUGAAAUGGGGAGAGCAGAAGUACCUGUCCGAAUGUCAUUUGAAUUUCAUGGUGUCUUUGUAAAACGUUAGAUUUUAUUGAAGCAAGUCCAUGAUUUACACUGCUCUGUUACACUACUUUACAUUUCAGAGAAAAGCUUGCAAUUUUUAUAUUAACAAAUAAUAAUAAACACAUUGUGUAUUUAGUGUAAUGGUUUCCAUUUGAGCAACUCUUAGUAAGCUCAAUACAUGUGGUAUGGAACAUAGAAUGUUCUCAGUCCCAGUGGAGAGAAAAGAUCUUAGCUAGGGUUUAAGUUUAACCAUUCCUAUUUAUAAUGCAUAGAUUAAAAGGACCAGAAUAAACUGAACUGCCCCCCUAUAGAGGAAGCCAAAGAAAAGUCCUGAUCUUUCUUCUUGACUGUUCUGAUAGAUAGUCACUGAUAGAAUCACAGUAUAGAGAAUAGAUUGAUCCACACCACCCAAGCCCAUGUUGAUUCAGUGAAGAGUGGGUGUUUUCCCUAAAUAAAAUUUGGAACCUAUCAUUGUUAAUGAAUUCAAAUGCAAAUUAAAUAGAUUUCUUUAAGAAUAUAACAUUUUGGAAUUUAGAACAGGAGUAGUUUGAAAGAUGCUGUAGUGAAUCUGGUAAUCUUGGGAAGAAAAACUGAUGUUGGAGAUAGAAUUUCCAAUAUUCUCCACUACUGAAUAAUUUCAUGUAUUGUUUUUGGAUCUGCUACAGAGUAAUUGAUAAAGACUGAAAGUCAUGAUUCGUCAACUACAUCAGUAAUAUUGACACAUGCUGCUAUCAGGAUAGUUGAAGGCAAAUUAACAGAAUUUAACAUAACCCAAAUAGUUUGCAAGUUGGAAGUGUGACCACAAACCGAGUUCCCACACAACAGGAGAUCCCUGCAGCAGCCGGCAAAUCCAUCCUACCGGUCUCCCAAAUGCUUGUUCAUCUGGAGCAGCACACGAAGGAGCUGAAGGAACUCAGCAGGUCAGGCAGCAUCUACGGAGGGAAAUGGACAGUCAAUGUUUCAGGUCGAGGCCAUUCAUCAAGAAUCAACCCAAAAUGUUGACUGUCCAUUUCCCUCCACAGACGCUGCCUGACCCGCUGAGUUCCUCCAGUGCCUUUGUGUGUUGCUCUAGAUAUCCAGCAUCUGCAGUCUCUUCUGUCCCAUUUUGCUGAUCGUUCAUCUGUACAUAAGUCGGGCAUUCAGAAGCUGGGGAGGGCCUAUCAGCCUAUUCCCAUUCUCAAUCACUUUCUAGUGACACCUAGUAAAAGAUGGAAUGGAAACAGUGGGGGAAGAAUAGGGGAGUAAAUUAUCAUUUAAUUAUUGAUAGAUCUAAACUGCAUUCGAAACUGCUAUCAGAAAAUGUUGCAUUAUCCCUGUCAGCACAAAGUAAAAUGAAGUUCUACUGGAACACUUACAAUGUGCCAAAACUUAUAAUAUAUUCAUGAAAACUGUUUGUAAAACAAUGUAAACAUUUUUACAUCAUAUCUCUUGGGCAAUAAGCAUUCUUAAAAAUGUAACUACUACUUUACAUAUUUAUGAACAAUAUUUAACUUUCAGCACUUGCAUACUGAUCUGAAAAUGAUUAUUUCUACUGCUGAAUAUAGAAAAUAGUAUUAAAAUGUUAUUCCUGAAUUUCUUGCAAAAUUGUUGAUGUGAGAAAGAUUAAAUGUGGGUGAUUAAAUCAGAAAUAUUUCAUCC